UGUAUAGAUUGCUAAAUGUGUCAGUCUGAAAAGUGCCACCGUUGCUCUGUUCCAUUCCACAGAAGAUUCUCUAAAUCCCUAAAUCUUUUAAUCUCUAUAGCGGUUGUUCAGGACAUGAAAGGUUUCGCCAUAACGUUUUAUAAAUAGCGAUGGAGAGCAGAAAAGGUCUCUAUGUGAGUCACUUAUUAAGGGUCACUCAGCUGCAAAAUGAGUUGCAGGAACUGAGUGAGAGAGAACGCAGGGCACGACACCAUAACCAGAAACUGCUGCAAGAUUUCCAGAGAGCACAAAACACCCUCAGUGACUUGGUGGCUCGCACUGAAGCGAUGAACACCAUAAGGAUGGAGUAUGAGAGGUUCCUGGAGGAGAACUUCCCUAAAUGGCAGCAGAAGCUGCAAGAAAAAAGGUUGUCAGAACAGCAAAUGAUGAUCGAACAGCACCUAAAGGCCUGCACAUUACGGACAGACGAGGAAGGUCAAAGGAAAGGUUACAAGCAAAACAUGCAAGGAAACUUUCCUUCUACGUGGUUAACUCAGUCACCAAUUCUAGUAACGGAACCGGAGCAUGGUAUCUCAAAGCACAGCAAAAACACCCAGAAUGUUCACCAAGUUUGGAAUUCAUCUUUACUUGACUACAGCUUAUUAUCUGGUAGUCCAGUAUUCCUACAAGACCACAAUUCCAGUGAACAUUUGAGGCAAUAUCCAAACUCCUGUACCUCUGGGUGUGGAAAGUUUAACGUGAGAGUAAAGUGUCCUAAUGAUUGUCCUUCUUGGUCACACCUGUCAUUGACUAAUGACGGUAAGUCGAGAAGAGAAGAAAAACUAAUAUUGAAACAGCAAGAUGCGUCAGCAAACUCUCACUGUGAAAAUCAUCACAUGCAGAAGCAGAGGAAGAAAGUGAAUAGCAGGGACACUAAGCCAGUGAAUAUAUCAACUUAUAGAGACACUAGUGAAAACAGUGAUCUGUACACUAAAGCCGUCAAAAGGCUUCCUACUGAAGUUCCGACUACAAGAGAUAAGAGGAGCGAAGAAAAACAGACACACAACACCAGGAAAGGUGCCGUUUCUGAGGGAUCAUGCUCAGUAUCAGACAGUCAGUCUGUUUCAAACCACAGGAAACAAAAGAGAAAUCAGCAGUCCAAUGGGAGAAAAAGUGCCUUCAAGACAUCUAAAGUUACUAAUUACCCUAAACAGUUAGUGAAAGUGAACAAACACGAGAGUAACCUGAUUGAGGAAAGACACACAAGCAAUUGCUGUACAGUUAAGACAGGACGGAUGAAGAGAUAUGAAGAUGACACAGAAGAGGAAGAAGAGAUAUUCAUUCCUGAAGAGAAGCGAGUGAAUGAAAUGACAAACAGAGAUUCAACUGAGAAUCAUGGUAACAGGGCAAGUCUGUAUGAAGAACUGGAUAAAAAAAAAGAGGUUGUGGAAAGAUACAGAGAGCAGGACAGUUUAGAUGAAGAAGAGGAGGAAACUUUAAGAAGCAACACGUCUGUUAAGGAAUCCCUUCUUGAGGAAGUAAACUCUGUGAGAGGAAGUGAGACAGAGGAUGGAGGAGCUGGAGAAGAGCAGGAGGAAGAUGGAGUAAGGGGAGAUGAAGAUGAGAAGAGCAGAUCAUCAGGUCAAAUGAACAAAGAGGACCAUAAUGAAUCUGAACAAGAAGGAAAUUAUGGUGAAGUUUUGAAAUCGGGUUCAGAGAGAAGCAUCCAGGACAGGUAG